AUGGAAGUACGCGUUCUGGGUAAAUUCGUCCCUUUUGGGAAGACAUUUCUCGAGAGACGCGCAGCAAGACGUAAGGAUUUUGGAAACCCUGAAGACUCACAGGAAUAUCAAUUUGAUAUUGAUCAACCUUCUGAACCGAGAUCAGAGGCUUUUCCUCUCUGGGAUUUCAAUGGCUCUUCUAUAACGCAAAAAAUUACACCAACUUAUAAAUUAUAUAAUGGGACAUCCGAUGACAUUGAAGACGACGUUUCUCAAAGGAAAAAGGAUUCUUGUCAAGAAAUUACCGAUAGUGACUUUGAUGAGGAGCUUUAUGUUAAGGAUAAAACGGUGAUAUGGAGCAAAGGAAAUGUGAUUAAAAAAAGUUUCACGUUUCAACAACCUGUUAAGCAAGCAUUAUUUGUUUGGUUCAAUGUCGAAGAGGUAAUAAAACAGUCAAAGGAUGCGAAUGUCGCUUUUACGAACGAUAGAGGCACUAGCGGACUAUUUGAAGAAAUGUCAACGAUAAGAGUGACCAGACAACGGUGUGUGUGCAUUAUGCUUCAGACAUUUGCCAAAAUCUAUUAUCCGGGUGGUAAGACACAAAUGCUGAGAAUGCCGUUUCCCGUUCGUGAAGCAGUUGCUCUCAAGACCGGUUUAUUGUUGAGCUGUAUGCAAGAGGAAGAAAGUGGUGAAAACCCGACAGCUGAUCUGCCAACAUUGUAUAGCCUUCUUGACCCUUUGGAUGAAAUAAGGCCAGUAUCUGUAGCACCAAAACUCUCUUACUUUGAUAAUCACAUCGUCAUAGCUCAACCAACGCGUCCAUUUGUGGCCAGUGACGAAGAUGUUAUAUUCGUAAAUCCUGUUGACGAUAGUGGUUCAUUUAUAGUAUUGCGUAAUCGUGUGAAUGGCCUAUUUUCCGUCUGUAGAUAUGCUAUUAGGAAGGAAGAUAGUCGAAUUACUUUCGAACAAAUCGAAAGUAGAAGUCGACGUAGUUCCUAUGGGCUAGUACGUCAAGAUUCGACCAUGAGUGUAGACAGGUUUUUGUAUCCUGACACUGAAGGGUCUUCUCUUGCGGAUAAAAUGACUUCGAUGGAGGCAUCUCCGGAGAUUUAUUUGGAAUACAUCGAAACCGAUAUACAGCAAGAAGCAUUCGCUUCGCAGGAAGAGGGAAAUAAUGCUGAAUUUCUCGCGGACUCAUCAACUGAAGAACUGGGUGACGAUAGCACAGCUUUCAUUGCUCAUGAUAAUGAAGGGCAGGAAAUCCUAUGCAUACAUACUAAAUCUUCAAAAUGCGUAACAUUGAUAUCCAUGGAACCCUGGGAUGGAAGCAUCAGAAUAUCAAAACAAUUGAAUGCGAAGGCUAUUGCUGCCGUGCCAAUUAUGGCAACACGUAUGGGCUAUUAUGAUAUUCUGAUACUUGAUCUCGAUCGCCGGUUGCAUUUAUGGACAGGAAACGAAGGGAGCUUGCGCGUCAUGAUGCCAAUAUUGGUUUCGCAUCAAAAUCUUUCGCCAUCGAAACAGUGCCUAUGCUAUCAAUCAGAAGCGUUGUACGAAUCAAUGACGAAGCAGGCUACGUAUAGAGAGUCUGUUGUUACUAGUCUCAGAGAUAGCGUAAACUAUCGAGUGAAUUUGAUUCUUGAUAAUCAAGAUAUCAUUCGUGCCAGUCUUAAUUUUGUCACGCGAUCAACUCUAGUAAGAAGAUGCAUUAAUGCUCUCAGUUUCGCGCUAUCGGCGAAAGAUUUCGGCGAAUUUUAUCAAAGAUAUCUUUACUAUCAAUUUGGAUGUAAGAUUGUUUGUGCACCACAGUCAUCUGAGUGGGAUAAUUUUCUCGCUGUAAUCUUAUCGUUAAUUGAAUGGCAGUUUGAAAAUGUACAGGAUGAGAACAGGAGACUCUCCUUGCAUCCUGAAUGGCAAGCUCAUCAUUUUGAUAAAAGCGAUCCAUGGAAGGCCAUGCUUGCCGUUCACCAUUACAGUAAGAUAAAACUAGACACAGUGUUUCAAUGCUUAAAUAUAGAACAGAAUACUACGUUAAAUAGUCUAAAAGAUGCUUUUUAUCGUGCCGGAAGGAAAGCGGAUAGACUUCGUACAUUUUUCAAUAACACUACUCUUAUCAAUGGAUCAGACUGGUUCAGGACAUCAUUGAAGAAGGGCGACGGCCACGAUGGAUACUUGAGCUAUAAAUCUUGUGAGGCGAUAUUGUGUGCACUACAUCUUGUUCUUGAAGAUUUGAGACUUGACGUUGAUUCUCAUAAAUACAUGGAUGAUUUAUUAUCACUAUUACUGAACCUCGCUGUUUUUGUAUCUUGGGAACCGUAUAAAAGAUAUUAUGAGAAACAGAAUGCAAAUAUAGUCGCUCUCGAGAGUUGUCCAGUGCGGAAGCAUUUUGAGCAAUUACCAGGAGAUACGGUCUUUGCUACACCACCCGAUAUUUAUAAAUGGAUACUGACAAGAAUGCGCACUGAGGGAUCAGUUGUUUUAUUUCCAACGAUGGAAUUGAUCGAAAGUGAAUUUUCUGUGAAGCAAAAAAGAAACGUUAGAGACUCUAUAAUCUGUGUGAGAACUAAAAAGUUAUGCGCAUUUUUCAACAAACUCUUUAGUGAAGGAGCGGAGGCCAUGGUACUUGAGAUGGCGACGUUGAAUUUCAAAAUGAAAGAUGUCGACGGGCUACCGUUUGGCAUUGGGCUUCCGCUGAAGGAGGCUAUUAGAGCAUGUCGUAAACAUCCGCCUGAUAAUUGGCCAGGAGAUGCUUAUGUGCUAAUAGGCAUGUCGUCAGUUGAAUUGUUUGAUGAAGAGUUUGAAAUUUGUCGAGAAGAUCUUGCUGAGCUGACAUUUGGAAUACCGGUCACGUCGUUGUACUUCCAUUCGAGGCGUGGUCUCAACUUGGAUAAGCCACCAAUGGAUACUCAUACAAUUGCUCGGUCAGCUGUUACACGAGAAUCGACCACCACCAGCAACAACAAUGCCGGCGAUAAUAAGGAAACGACUGGUACCGAGUUUUCUAAUCAUGAAAUAACAGACUUACGCUUUGAUAGGGAUCGUCGAUUAACGGAAGUUCAAAGACUCUUGCAAUCAUCAAAUACCAUAAAAGUUGAUGGUCAACCAGGAGAUCAGGGUUCUGCCGAUGUGGAAAUUUCAGCUCAGCAGAUAGAGUUCGUACAAGCGCAAGCGUAUAAAAACUUUGCACACCCUGUUGGCCGCGCUAUUCUAACGUACGGAACAUCAACUCCCAUCGCAACAGAAAGCUUUCCAAUCACACAUCUUCCGACGACUAUGAAAAUAAUUCCUAACAACACGGUCAUAGCAUUGGAUAAGAUCCUUCGUCUAUCAGAUAUUAGUGAUUGGCCCGAAUUUCACCAAGGAGCUGCAGCAGGAAUGCGUAUUUCUCCUGAUAGUGAAGAAGUAGACGGUUCAUGGAUCACCCUCAAUAAACCCGCAGAGCUGAAUUAUACACAUGCUGGAUUUCUAUUGGGAUUAGGUCUGAACGGACAUCUGAGAGAAUUAGGAACUUGGCGAGCCGUGGAUUAUUUGAUGAAAACUCCCAAGCAUGAUGCGACUUCUAUUGCAUUGGUAAUCGGACUUGCAGCAUCAUUUUGCGGGAGCAUGGAUACGCAAGUUACAAAACUUAUUGCUGUACAUAUACCUGCACUGUUACCACCAAAUUCUUCUUCACUUAAUGUAUCUUCUUUAACCCAAACGGCUGCGGUGUUUGGUAUUGGUCUGCUCUAUAUGGGUACAUGUAACCGUCGUAUGGCACAGGUCAUGCUUAGUGAAAUUGCAGCAAAAAAUUGGACAACGGCCAUGAGUACAGACCUUGAUUACAGCGAAGGUUAUUCUCUUGCAGCCGGUCUAUCUUUGGGUCUUAUAACUCUAGGAAAGGGAGAUGACGCACCUGGAUUGGCCGAUUUAAACAUAAUGUCUCAACUGCGUUUAUAUAUGAUUGGAAACACUCAGGCAUCAGAGCACGUAUCUAGCGCUAUGAAAAACAACGCAGAUAUCAACAUUAACGUGACGUCAUUGGGUUCUACAAUAGCGCUCGGAUUAAUGUAUUUAAAAACUAAUAAUGCCAGUAUCGCAAAAAGAAUCCCAAUCCCAGAGACGGCUUUCUUCCUGGAUUAUGUACGCCCCGACUUCCUUUUAGCAAGGAUUCUAGCUAGACAUCUGAUAAUGUGGGAUAAUAUUGAACCGACUUUGGAAUGGGUGGAGAGUGAUGUCCCAAGUUUUAUUAAAGAUGGGCUGAGAAAUCCGCAGAAUGAAAUCGAAGAUAGCAAAAUAGAAUCUUUUAAACAAGCAUAUUAUAGCGUGAUUGCAGGAUCGUGCUUUAGUCUUGCGCUAAAGUACGCAGGCUCUGCGGAUGAAGAUGUUUUACAAGUGAUUUUGCAUCAUCUCGAUCGCUUCUUGAACCUUGUACAUGCAAGAGCAACUUUGUUCGAUCAACAGAUAACACGAAUGAAUAUAAAGACAUGUCUGAACGUCCUUGUAACCUGUGCAGGAAUUGUAAUGGCAGGUACGGGCAAUCUGGAAGUACUCCGCCGUUUACGCAAGCUUCAUCGACCCGACAUAUCCCAUGUUGCCUCACGGUCCUAUGGUGCUCACAUGGCGACUGGUAUGGCAUUGGGGUUUCUAUUUCUUGGUGGUGGUACAUAUACGCUUGGAACAUCUGACAAGGCAGUCGCAGCACUCUUGUGUUCGUUAUUCUUCCGAUGGCCAGCUGAUCCUAUAGACAAUCGCUCGCAUCUGCAAGCAUUCAGACAUUUGUGGGUACUUGCAAUAGAGCCUAGGUGUCUUAUUGUACGCGACGUGGAGACACGCGAGGCGUGUCACGUACCAGUUACAGUAGUCUCAGUACGCCAAGAUAAAGCAAGAGUUUCGUCUAUGGUAGCACCGUGUUUGUUACCAGAGUCUAAGUUUGUCGUUACAAUUGAGAUAGACAGUCCCAGGUAUUGGUCUAUAUGGUUAAACUUGAGCAAGAACAAAGACCUACGGGAAAGGUUCUGGAAGGACCCAACUAUUUAUGUCAAAAGGAAGACUGGACAUCUAAGCUAUUCUGAGGAUCCUCAAGAUAAUUGGAACUUAUUAUCCCGUCUCUUCCCAAGACAAACUUUGGCGGCGAAACCAUCAAAAAGGCCAGGACUGACUAAAAUGGAACUGGUCAAAGUAUUUUCCGCCGAUCCCCAGGUAUUAGCAUUCGCCAGCCAUCUUUGUGAUGACGAAACAGAUCGUGAUCUGGCAGCUUUUUGCACUGGAGUAUUACGGGAAUGUCUCAGCGCCGACAAACCAGAAGCCAUUCAUAUCUAUCUUGCCUUAUAUCAAAAUCUCCAUAAUCCCAAAAUGGAUAUAAUAACUAUGUGGAACAUUAAAUUAAUCCUCGUCUAUUAUGAAACUGUAAUGAAAGAAGGUUCUAAUAAGAAUGGUGACGAUGCGUUGAUCCAGGUGGCGUUUAUUCAUUCUGUGAGACAGCAAAUGGAUAAAUUCUUUUCUACCGACAAGGGAAAAGAACAAUCAUCGUCCGGAGCGUAUGCAGUAUAUAAUGAGCUGCUUGACCAUGAUGUACUUAAAGCUGUGUGGUUAGAAAUACAAGAAGAGUUGUGGGAACAUAGACGACCUGAUGAAUUCAGUCAUGAUCAGAUACAGUGGUUAUACGAGAUGAGCCUCUCAAUAAGGUUUCCUGAACUAUCGUUAAAGACUGUCAAGAAUAUAGAGCGCGAACCACCAGUCCUUCGAAUACGCCGGUAG